GGCUCUUUUUCCAAUCUUCUUUCCCAUAUCUCACACAGUUUAUGAGGGUUUCAGAUUUGGUUGAUGGCCCACGUUUAAGUCAAUCCUUGCUGAGCAGACAGCGUGGUUUGUUGUUACAUCUUUGCUGCUAACCAAUGUGUCGGUUGCUCUAGAAGGCUAACUUAAUUGAACCAUUUGAUAUUUAUGGCUCUUAAGCCCAAUAGCAUCUGCCUACUGACAGCUUAAUGCGUUUUAUGACCAUUCUUCUAAUUUUCUAUGUUAGCACUUUCGCAACAGGGCAACAUCUUACUUUAGAUUCCUAGAGCUAAGAAAACUCUAACUGCUGCCUUCUUUGAAGGCACGGCGCUGAUCCACUAGUCCAUCCUUAUUCUGGAAAAAGAGCCAUACAGGAAUGUGUUAUAACUGGCUUGCAACUCUUUGCUUUCUGAUAGAACAGAAGGGGCGCACUCCCCUCCCCCCCCCCAACUGAUUACAUAUCAAAUUAAAAAGGAGCAAAAAAUGUACAAAUGAGAACAAAAGGAAAGGAAGAAGAGGAAAGACAAAGAGGAAAAGAAAAGCUAAGGAAUCUAGCAAAUCACUAAUUAGGGGAAAGUAGCUUUGCUUCGGACGAUGCAGUCUUGCAACUCAUAAAUUGAACUGAUGUACACUAGCAGCUGCACGGCAGGAGGCAGGGGCGCCCUUCAGCCCACACCCCCCAAUUUGGUAAUUCGGCAAGUUUUUCUCUCUGGAGCUCUGCAGGAAAAGAAGUGUGUAUUCGCCAUGGUUCACUUCAAGAAUAGGUACAUGGUGAUGGAGGUCUUUAUAGAUGCAGUGAAGUAUGUUAAUCCUGUAACAAAGCUUUGCAUUAUCCGUGUGUCACGUGAAGACCACCAGAAGGUUUGGGCUGCUAUAACAAUGGUGAGGUGCAUUGGGAAAAUACCUGUAUCAUUCAACCUGCUUGACAUGAGUGGAAGCAUCAGGGCUUGCAAGAAAGCUGCACUUGAGUGCGAUGAAGCAAAAUUUGAACAAUACAAGUUGGCUGCUGGUGACCGUGUCACACCAGAGAUCAUCCAGUCCGUACAGAGCUGCUUUGAGAAAAUUAGAGGACUAGAGAGCUGAUUUCUAUGUCCUCUCCUAUUUUUAUUUUUUACUUUCUCUAGAUGAAAGAAAAGAAUGAAAUGGCAAAUUGAGUGUGGAUAUAGCAUUGAGCUCACAACUUAUGGCAUGAACAGAAGGAACUAUUAAGGUGUCAAUGUUGUUGCUGUACAUGUUCUACUGUGUCGCUGAAGAGGGUGAUGAGGCGUAGCCACUUCAACCUCAAUGUCUUGUGUAAGCCUCGUGUUUCUGGAAAGCCAUGUGUGGACGCCAGUUCUGCAUUAGUCUAGCCUGGCUAGGCCUGACCGGCUACCAAAUACGAGUUGGGUGGCUUAUGGGGAUUGGACAAGCAACCUAACACAUCCAUGUAUUUCUUUCUUUCGAGGCCACUACAAACUUUUGAACUUUUCAAUUUAUAAUUACAAGUUCUUAAAUUGAGAACGUAUUAAUGUGAUGUACAUUAAUGGUUCUA